AUGGCUCAAAAUACACAACCAGACCUCACAAAGGACAAUCUUCCCACCAAGCUCCGCCAUAACUUUGUCCUAAACCCUAUCACAGCCCUCGCCUUCUACCACCACCACCCCUCACCCAACUCUAGCCCAGACUCAGUCUUCGUCCUAGCAGCCGAAGACACCUGGCUGAAAAUCUACGACGUCGCCACCUCCCGCCUUGUCUCUCAGCUCAAAGUCUUUUACUCGCAGCCUAUUCACGGUCUUCAUGUCUCUCAGUCACCAUCACCAGCAGCGUCGUCGUCAACAUCGUCAUCAGCUACGGGAGAAGAGUGCGAGAGGAAAGAUGAGCCUCGUCUGUUAGUCUGGGGCGCUAACUCCGUCGCUGUCCUCCCGCAGUCCACCAUCAACAAGCUGGUAAGGGGUGAAAGCGAUGUUGAGGAGGUGAAAGAGUUUAAAGCAGCGGAUUGGAUCUACGAUGGAAUUUUGUUCCCCUCUCGGUCCGCCAAGAAUGGAGAGACCGAAGUAAAGGGGGCGUUGGUCACAGCUCACAACGAGGUCGUCCCCCUUUCCAUCGGGCACAAAUCCUCCAGCUCCCAAAUAACCUUCGGCCAGCUAACCUCCCCCUCGCGACCAAUUCUGUACUCAGCGAACCUGUGUUUGUUGGAUGACGAGACCAUUCUGGUAGCGGGCGGCACCGUCUUUGGGGAGAUUGUGGUGUGGAAGUACUUCCUCUCUGCCGAAGAGGGGAAAACCAAAAGGUUUGAGGUGCUUUACGUCUUCACCGGCCAUGAAGGGUCCAUUUUCGGAGUUUCCAUCUCCCCUGAGAUUUCUCUGCCAGGAGGAGAGAAGAUUAGGUUGUUGGCUAGUUGUAGCGAUGAUCGCACGGUUAGGGUGUGGGAUAUUACCGAUUCGCCGAAGCAGACUAGGGGAGCUAUCAACAACGGUGGUGAAGAAAAUGGCCACCCCAAAGCGAUGGAAGAAGCAAGAGAAACCGGUUUCGGCGGCACCAACAACUCCGAAGUCAAGCUCGAAAACCAAAACGACAAAGCAAGAUGUCUCGCUGUGGCUAUGGGCCACGUAUCGCGUAUCUGGCAGGUGCGGUUCACUGGCAGGACGCAACAUGGGGAUGGAAAUCCCAUCGAGGUGCACUCGUUUGGUGAAGAUGCUACCAGGCAGAGGUGGGAUUUGUCGCUGGAUCAGAAGAAGUGGAAGGAGGCGUUGGAGAGGGGGUACUCUGGCGGUGGUGAACAAGACGUUGCUGGGUCUUUUGGCACGCUCAAGAACUGUGGAAUUGUGAGUUGUCACAAUGGAAAGAAUAUGUGGUCGACGGCUGUUUCGGGGGGUGAUGGGUUGCCGACGUUGAUUGCUACGGGAGGAGCGGAUGGGAAGAUUACCAUGGCUGGUGAUCAGGCGGUUGUUGAGGGGGCGGAAGGGUAUGAGGAUAUUGAUGUUACAUUGACGGUGGAGGAUGUGAUGAAGGUGGCCGAGGGAGUUGAGGAGGAGGCGACUACCCCCGUGGAAGGGCAAAAGAAAAAGAGCACGACAAAGAAUGGGUUCCAGAGAUAUUCGUUCUUAUCUGAGAACACGCUUCUCGCUACGACAUCCUCCGGCAGGCUCUUGCACGGGACAGUAGGCGAAGGUCUAACAUGGAAGAACGUCCAUCUUUCCGAAACUGUCCUCGCCGACCUCAAGUCCUACUACGUUGUCAAGAGCCCGGUACAGGGAACCGCGAUCCUCGGCAGCUCCAGUGGCAAAGUCUACCUCUUCCUCGAAGAUGGACACGAGAUCAAAGAACUGCAUACCUUCCCCGGCAAGAUCUCCGACAUCCUCCUCAUCGAAGGUUCGCAAGAGACUCUGCACAAAGACCAACCCGGCGCCUGGACAGUUAUCAUCACCGUCCUCGGUCUCGACCACGCCCUUCUUAUGUCUUUCGACCCAUCUACCUCCUCCGUCACCAUCAACCCGCGCAAGAUUUAUUUAUCCAGCGACGACGUCUCCCCCUUCAUCGCCACAGCCGCCGCCUUCUGCAGUUCCAAACUGAUCCUCGGCUCGCGCGUCGGUGCCGUGGCACUCUACAAGUCCACCGACGACGCCUACACCCUCGACUACUCCCGCAAGGACGCGCGCACCAAGGACGCAGUCACCUGCAUCGUUCCUUUACCAGGUAGUUCGACCUCCUUCCUCACCGGCUGUCGUGACGGGCGGUACAGGAUCUAUACCCUUUCCUCUACUACCCCCGACUCAGACUCAAACUCAGAAGCAACACUGCACCUCCAACACGAAAUCUCGCCUCCUUUGGGUAUGAUCGAAGGCGCCCGCUUCACUAGUCUCGCCGGCAACGAAAUUGACCUUAUCAUCCACGGCUUCCGCGGCAAGAACUUCAUCGUUUGGAGCGAAUCCACCCGCCAAGAACUCACGACUGUGGAAUGCGGUGGUGGGCAUAGGGCUUUUGAUGUUGUUUUCCCCUCUUCUAGGUCUGGCGUGCCAGGGCCGUUGAGGUUUGUGUUUACCAAAGCAUCUGCCUUAAGGUUUUACAGCCAAUCUUCGCCUCCGAUGCGCACCCUCAAGGAGGGAGGACAUGGUCGGGAAUUAAGGGCCGUCGCUGCUUCUUCCUCGCUGCAGAAUGGAGAAGUGGGACGGUAUAUAGCCACCGCUGCUGAAGACACGACUAUUCGGCUGUGGCAGUACCGCGACUCCCCUUCCGGGCAAGGCAAGGAAACAGAAAGGGCCUUCAAACCGCUCGCGAUCCUAGAGAAACACAGCGCCGGCAUCCAAGCCAUGAAGUGGUUUGGCGAGUCGCAUUUAUUGAGCAGCGCCGGAAACGAAGAGUUCUACAUCUGGCGAAUUACGCAACUGGACUCAUCGUACGAGUCUCUGGCGGUAGUCUGCGAGUCGCAAUACCCUGACCGGAGCGCAGACGGGGACCUGCGCAUCGUCGACUUCGACGUUGAGGUUUGGGGGACCUCGGAUGGGCAGCCUCAAUCGGACGCGAUGCUCAUCAGUCUGGCGCUGAGCAACUCGACGCUCAGGACGUAUGUCUACUGGAUCGCGGAAAAACGGUGGGUGCUGCUGGCCGAGGGCCGCUACACGGGCGCGUGUCUGACGCAGAUCCGGCACUUGCGAGUCCCUGGCGGCGGCGGCCACGCCGGAGACAUCCAGGUCCUGACAGCCGCGACGGAUGGACACAUUGCCGUUUGGGACGUUUCUGUCUCGGAUUCUACUGACUUGUCGGCUUGGGAGGGGGCGAUUCGCUACGACUGUGCGGCGCUGUUCAAGGUCCACCAGAGCAGCAUUAAGGGCUUGGACGUCUCGAAGCCAAGGUAUAACAAUGCAAAGUGGCCGGGGGAUGAGAGCUGGUUGGUGGUUACGGGCGGUGAUGAUAAUGCUGUCCAGUUUACGAGCCUAAGGUAUGGGUCUGCCAGUAACUCGUACAAGGUGUUGAGCAGGUCCAGAGUCAAAGGUGCGCAUGCCGCUGGUGUGACGGGGAUUUGCGUGGUCAGAGAGGAUAAGGAUGGAAAGGCGAUGGAGGUGGUUAGUAUCAGCAAUGACCAGCGGGUGAAGCUUUGGCGGGCGGUUUGGAAAGAGGGAAGCGAAGAGCCGGUCAAGGUGACGCUGUUGGAUAAUCAGUAUAGCUCGGUGGCGGAUGCUGGGGAUGUGGAGGUUAUCAAGGAGGGGAGGGUGAUGGUGGGAGGAGUGGGGAUGGAGGUUUGGGAUUUUGGUGCUUAA